GACACCCCGCCCCUCUCAAUUCGAAAACGACCAUUUCCCCCAAAACCCUUUUCCCCCGAUUCCUUCCCUUCCAGAGGCUCUGCUCUGCAUUUCUCCCAUUCCUCUAGUUGCGCCUACGAUGCCCUUGAUUUCAGAGGCACAGAGUGCCAUGAAGUCCAGAUUCGGAUUCCAUGACCUCAAUCACAGUUCGUCAGAGCAGACACCUCAGGCGAUGCUGGCGGUCAAGAGCUCGCCGGAUCUCCGGAUGCUGAAAUCAGCUUGCAAAGAGAGGAAAGAGAACCACGAUGCUGACACUGCACAAACCGCGUCGUCUGACCAACAACGGAGCUUUGAGUUCCGUGAAGACCCGGCAUUCUGGAAAGAACAUAAUGUUCAGGUCAUUAUCAGAGUACGUCCCUUAAGUGGUUCAGAGAUAUCUUUGUAUGGGCGUAGCCAAUGUGUUAAGCAAGACAGUUCACAGACAAUAACUUGGACUGGGCAUCCAGAGUCACGCUUUACGUUUGACCUCAUCGCAGAUGAAAAUGUUACUCAGGAGAUGCUAUUUAAAGUUGCCGGAGUGCCCAUGGUUGAAAACUGUGUGGAAGGUUACAACAGUUGCAUGUUUGCAUAUGGCCAAACUGGAAGUGGAAAGACACAUACAAUGCUCGGAGACAUUGAUGGCGGCACCAGAAGACAUAGUGUAAACUGUGGAAUGACACCUAGAGUCUUUGAAUACUUGUUUUCAAGAAUGCAAAAGGAAAAGGAGGCACGCAGGGAAGAGAAGAUAAGAUUUAUUUGCAGGUGUUCUUUCCUAGAAAUAUACAAUGAACAAAUUCUUGAUCUCUUGGAUCCGUCCUCUGUUAAUUUACAGAUAAGAGAAGAUACAAAGAAAGGGAUUCAUGUAGAAAAUCUCACUGAGGUAGAAGUAACAAGUGCUCGAGACGUCAUUCAACAACUUGUUCAGGGUGCUGCAAACAGAAAGGUUGCUUCUACAAAUAUGAAUCGUGCUAGUAGUCGCUCACACAGUGUAUUCACUUGUGUUAUUGAAAGUAAGUGGGAGUCCCAAGGUGUAACACACCAUCGGUUUGCACGACUUAACCUUGUGGAUUUGGCAGGUUCUGAAAGGCAAAAAAGCUCAGGUGCCGAAGGUGAACGACUAAAGGAAGCUACUAACAUCAACAAAUCUCUCUCAACAUUGGGGCUUGUGAUUAUGAACCUUGUUAACAUGUCCAAUGGGAAGUCACUCCAUGUUCCUUACCGAGAUUCAAAGUUGACAUUUUUGUUACAGGACUCAUUGGGAGGGAAUGCGAAAACAAUUAUAAUUGCGAAUGUGAGUCCUUCCAGCAGUUGCUCCCUCGAAACUCUUAGCACAUUGAAGUUUGCUCAGCGUGCCAAAUUCAUAAAGAAUCAUGCUGUUAUAAAUGAAGCCGCUUCUGGAGAUAUUCUUGCAAUGAGGGUGCAGAUUCAAAACCUGAAGAAAGAAGUUGCCCGUCUUCGGAGUAUGGUUAAUGUAGGUGCUGAUGCUUGUGAAGUUGAUUCGAGGACUGUAGCCUUACCAGGAUCACCAACAUCAAUUAAAUGGGAAGGAAUUCACGGACUAUCAAGCCCACUUGCAUCUGACAAAAAGAUGUCAUAUAAAAAAGACUACGAAGUUGCCCUGGUUGGAGCGUUCAGGAGGGAAAAGGAUAAAGACACCGCUAUGCAGGCUUUGACUGCUGAAAAUCAGGCCGCUAUGCAGCUGGCAAAACAAAGAGAAGAUGAGAUACAAGGACUGAAGAUGAGACUAAGGUUUCGUGAAUCUGCCAUCAAAAGGCUGGAAUCAGUUGCUUCGGGGAAAAUCUCUGCUGAGACUCACUUGUUGAAAGAGAAAGAAGAGCAUUUGAAGGAAAUUGAAGUCCUGAGAAAUCAAGUUGAUCGUAACCAAGAAGUGACUAGAUUUGCUAUGGAAAACCUGCGAUUAAAAGAAGAGAUUAGAAGAUUGAAAUCUUUUUAUGAGGAAGGUGAACGCGACAGAAUGAAUGAGCAGGUCAUGAUACUAGAGAACCAGUUGCGAGAAGCUCUAGAUUGGAAACUUAUGCAUGGCUCUGAUGACAUUGAUACCCAGAAACCAGCCCAACCUAUGCAUACAGCUGUUGAUGAGGAAAAUGAGUUCCUCCGCUUGCAGGCUAUUUACAACCAGUCAGAAUUGGAUGCACUCCGUAAAAAACUUGACAUUUGUGUCGAGGAGAAAGAAAAAUUGGAAAGGCAUUUAAGUGAGAUGGUAAAAGAGUUGGAAUCUGAGAGAUGUUCCAAAGCAGCUAUGAUGGAGGAAGAAUCUCUCAAAUUGCAAACCAGUCUUUCUUCUCUAGAGAAUAACUUCCAGGUGCCAAAUAUUGGAGUCAGCGAUCAGGUGGAGCUUGAAACAAUGGUUGAUGCUAUAGCAGCUGCAAGCCAAAGAGAAGCCGAGGCUCAUGAAACCGCUAUUUCUUUGACCAAAGAAAACGAUGAACUAAAAAUAAAGAUCAAGGUGUUAAUUGAGGACAACCAAAAACUCAUAGAACUCUACGAACACACGGUUGCAGAUAAUAAGAACAGUGCUAAACCUGCUGAAAAGGGUUUUGAGUUGUUAACUGAAGAUACGGAACAGUUAAAAAGGGAAGUCGAGCUACUACAAAAUCAACUUGCGGAAAUGCAUGAAGAAAAAGAAAAACUGAUGGGUCUUUAUGAGAAUGCUGUGGAAGAAAAGAAAAGAGAUGUUGAAUGCCUAAAUCUUCAACUUGCGGAAAUGCAUGAAGAGAAUGAAAAGUUGAUGAGUCUAUAUGAUAUUGCCAUGCAAGAUAAGAAAAGAGAUGUUGAACACUUGAACAAUCAAAUUGUGGAAAUGCAUGAAGAGAAUGAAAAAUUGAUGGGUCUUUAUGAGAAUGCUAUGGUAGAGAACCGAAGAGGCAUUGGAAGCCUAGAUAAUCAACUUGUAGAAUUGCAUGAAGAAAAUGAUAAACUGAUGGGCCUUUACGAGAAAGCAAUGCAAGAGAGAGACGAAUUCAAAAGGUUGCUUUCUUCUGCUACUGAGAAGAAACCAUUUGAGAAUGAAGAGGAGGUUCACAAUCAAUAUUUAGAAGAAUUAGAAGAUCAUAAUAAUAAAAAUAAUAGUGCAUCUGGAAAUCCAUUUGAAGAAGCACAUGAGGAUGAUGCUAGCUGCUUGAUCGAAAUAGAUGUGCAGGACGAAUACAGUCAAUAUUCCGUCCGUUCUUACACAGCCAAUGAUUCAGAUUCAGAGGACCUUCCUCCUUCCUGCAAGGUUUCUGCUGGGGUCAAUGUGGAAGCGACAGAGUCGGUAAGAAGGAAGCUGUACAAAGCACAAGAGAAGCUACUGAAAUCCGCAGACACAGUCAGCAUGUUUGGUUCAGUGGAGAGAGCGCUGCUCGAGAUUGAUGAGCUUUCAAGGAGAAUCAUGGGAUUGAAAGAUAGCAUUCAGGGUAAACGUCAAGUUUAUGAAUCAUUGAAGAUUGUAUCUUCAGAAUUGCAAGAUAAUACAUCCAUAGCUUAUAAAAAGCUGUCUGCAUUGAGAUACUCAAUGUCAAGCUUCUAUUCUUCAGUCAGUUUCUUCGAGCAACAUGGAACCCUAGCAAGGGAGAAGUGGAACACUUCCCUAACACAUCUCAACAAAAAGAAAUCAGAAUUAGCUCAUCUCCAAGCAUUGAAGGAUGAACUUAUGGGUCUGCACGCGAAAGCCAAAAGGUCCGAGUCUGAACUGAGGUGCCACUUGGAUCAACUGAAAACAAGACUGGAGGAAGAGAGCCAGAGACUUGACCAUGACAGGGUUCUGUUUGCCAUAGACAACAAUGUCGGAAAACCUGAAGUCCGCGGAAAAGCUACAGAACUGCUCAAGUCCGCGGAGGAGACAACAAAGAUACAAAACCAGGUAAAACAGUGUCAAGAGAAACUAGGGGCGUUGAAAACAGAAAUUGAUGAUUUGAACAGGAGAAGUGCAAAGGUGAAUGGUCAGAUCAACACUGUUGAAAAAGAGGUGAAGAGGUUCUCCGUUUCAGCACAGGAGAUGGAAAACAGGGUUCAGACCAUCACGCGUGAGAACGAAAUGGUGUUGGAAAUGAAGGAAGAGGGGAAGAAGGAAAUAGGGGGGAAGAUUGUGGAGUAUCAGCAGUGCGUGUUUGAGGCAGCUUUGAAGGGUGAAGAGAUUGCUGUGUUGGAUGAGGAGUUGCGAACGGAGUUGCAGGAGAUGGAUGAAUUGAAGAGAGCCAGAGAUUCUGGUAAACAGGAGAUCCGUCAGCUGUUGGCGGGUUUGAUCAAGUAUGAAUACUGCAAUCCAUCAAUACAUGUAUAGAGCAUAUGACAGUUAACAUUAUCUUUUUAACUGUCAUGAGAUUCAUGGUUCAUGGUUUGUAAUACGCCCCAACUGCAUUACAUCUGAGUAUCUGACAGGACUAUUGAACCCCUUGCUACUAUGUGAGGAUGUAAUAUUCAUUUGUAAUGUUCAUUUCUAUAAUAUGAGAGCUACACCCUUUUGUUGUAUAUUUUUUUAUUUUUUCUUUGUAUAUAAGGACUAUCUAACUCUUUU